ACCUAGCCGUUUUUGAUUGAGACAACUCGCACCUUCAUUUUGCUCUCAGUUUCUUCUAAUUAUUAUUUUCUUUUAUCGUAUCCCGAACAUGAGAAGCAUUAAUAUUGGUUGGCCCAAGUUGAAAUCUCCCUUUGGAAGGCCAGGUUAGCUUCUCAAUAUCUUAUAUUCUUCUUAUUUUUUCCGUACGUUCAAAAGGUUCUUUGAUCAAAUCUUUCUAUAUAUAAAGGGUGAAUCAUAUUUUUGGAAUCUGAUGUAACACACACACACACAAGAUGAUUUUCUAUAGGUCUUUAAUUUUCUUUUUUAACAUCUUAUAUGUAGAUAUAUAUUCUCGGUUCACUGUAGUUUGUGUUAUGGCCUCAGGCAGAUCUCGGAAGGAAAUUAGCGUCAAUAGCUUGUCAAGCAAGUCAAGCGUGAAUGAAGAAUACACGGAAGCUCUCAGAACGAAAUCUUACAUAGAAAUAUGGAACAAAGCUCAAGGUCAGCUGGGAAGUACAAGCAUUAUAAGCAGUCUCUCUUCAUCGUCGUCCACUCUUCCUCUCUCUAUGCAUCUCUCCGAAUAUUUACUCGAACCACGUCAAGAAACCCUAGUGGAAAUGAUGGAAGGCAUGAACCUACACCACCUUCUAAUUGACUUUUUUGAAGCCAGCUUAGAAGCGUGUAAAGUCUGUGAAUUACUCCUUCAAAGCAUCCAUCAAACACGUGCUAGUUAUAAGAAAAUCAAAAGGGUAAUCAAGCUAAGCAGAAGUGUGAAUGAUCGUGCAGAUCAUAAUUACACUGAUAAACAAUGCCGGGCUAUUUCUGGCGAGCUUGCUGCCUUUGUAAUGUUGAAAAACCCAUUAUUGAAUAUUGGUGCAGUACAAUUUCGUGACAUUCGUGAUGGCCACAUGAUAUUGCUCCGGAGGUUAACAUCAAAAUACAGAAAGAUAAAAAGGAGAGAGAGAUUCCGUAGAAUUUGGAAGAAGGUUUGUGGGACUGGUCUUUUUAUUUCACAGAGCGCACUUCUGAUUCUGCCGCUAAUCUGUGCACUCCAUGGCAUGGUUGGAAUCGUGGCAGCCCCAGCGCUCUUUGCUUUUUCCUUGGGUUUAUCUUGGAAGAAAAUGAAGGGGGCUUGCGGAGGCCGGCUCAAGAAAAGAUUGCCUGAAAGAGUUAGUGUGCAACUUGAUGUUGCCGCCAAAGGGGUUUACAUAUUGAUCAAUGAUUUCGAUACAAUGAGCAGGAUGGUUAUGAGGUUAAAUGACGAGGUAGAGCACCGGAAAGCUGUUGCUGAUGUGUGUGUUAGAAAUGGAAAAUCUGAAAUAUUAAAGGAGGUUGUGAGGGAGUUUCAUGUCCAUGAAUCAAGCUUUCUGGAGCAGUUAGAAGAGCUUGAAGAACACAUCUACCUGUGCGUUCUCACAAUAAACAGGUCCAGGAGUCUUGUAAUUCAAGGGAUAAUGGCGGCCCCCCAAUGACACGUACAGAUAUUAAAUGUGCAAAUACUGAAAUAUGCAUGUGCAUGGUGGAUGAUACACUACGACAGUCAAUUUUGAGAUGGAGAUUGCUGUGGAAUAAAGGUUAUUCAUCACCAAGGAAGAGUUCAAUUUAUUCAAGCGCUAAUUUCUAAGCCUUUCAUUCUUUUGUAAUUAACAUAAUGCCAAAAAUAUGGCUUUAAAACAAGUCAAUUAUUAGAAUUCAAUUGCUAUAUAUUCCAUUGGGUUCAUAUUCAUACCCAAACU